AUGCAGGAGCACUUGCGAUUAGCUAUGAAGGGUGAUAUUUCAGACCACUCAGCUUCUGUUCAUCGAUGGAAAAUUCUAACCGAUCACUUGGGACUAUAUACUAUAAAAAAGCACAGUGACACUCAUUGGGAAGCAAGAAUAAGUAGUGUUAAAGCAGUCCGUCAUCAAGUUAGUACUAUCCAUGAUGCUUUGAUUACUUUGGCUCUUAAAACUCAGAAAACUGAUGUUCAAAUGUUUCAUGAGGCUACUACCGUAGCCGAACAACUAAAAGAUUUCAGCUUCAUAGUUUCAUUGGUUGCUUGGUAUGACAUACUUAAUCAAAUAAAUGUUGUAAGUAAAUCUCUACAGUCAACAGAUAUGUACACAAAUGUUGAAAAAAUGCUGAAAUUUUUUGGAAGACUACAGAAAUACGGGCUUUAA